AUGGCUGGUCAAGAUGAGAUCCGUGGCAACUCAGUCUAUGAGACUGAGCAGACUGUUGAAUCUAAGCCUGCUGAUGAAACGCCAAUUUCUAAGCAGGUUCCCAAGCCUACGGGCUUCAUGGGCAAACUCAAGGGACUGAUAAACCAAGAUGUUCGUGCUGAGAUGCCUGCUUAUAAGGAUAUCAUCAUUCACACCUGGGAUGGUCCUGAUGAUCCUGAGAACCCUUUCAACUGGGGUAUCAAGUACAAAUGGCUGCUGACCAUCACUGUCUGCUUCAUCUCCAUCUUAACCGGUCUCCCAGCCGGAACCUAUGGCUCCGGAAACGACUGGAUGGAAAAAGAGUUCAAUGUCCAGAACUCUCCCUUCCCAAACCUGUACUGGGCCACCACGUCCUGGAACAUGGGCGCGGCCUUCUGGCCCUUGAUCUUUGUGCCUCUCACCGAGUCUUCUGGUCGUAUGCCCGGAUACUUCGUGGCGUAUAUCAUCCUAGUCAUCUCGCUGUUCCCGUCUGCAUUCGCUAAGAACUUCGCGACCCUAGUCGUGACCCGGUUUUUCGGUGGCGGUGCUUCCUCCGUCUCGAUUAACAUCGUUGGUGGAAGUAUCAGUGAUGUCUGGCUAGGUGAGCAUGCACGCAGUCUGCCGAUGUCCAUCUUCGGUUUUACUAGUGUUGUCGGUAUUGCAUUGGGUCCUUUCAUUGGAUCUGCUAUUGUGCAGAUUCCCAAGCCUGAGCCAUGGCGUUGGAUCUUCUACAUCCAAAUCAUCUACAACGCAGCCCUAAUCCCAGUAUUCUGGGUAAUCCUCCGCGAAACCCGUCCAGACGUAAUCCUCAAAAAGCGCGCACGUAAGAUCCGCAAGGAAACCGGAAAACCAGUCUACGCUGCCGCCGAAAUCGACGCACCAAGCAAAUUCCGCCUCCUUCAAAUCUCCUUCCAACGCCCAACACGCAUGCUAACCACCGAACCGGUGGUAAUCUUCUUCACGCUAUGGAUCAGUUUCGCCUGGGGAAUCCUGUACCUAUUCUUCAGCAGUGUAGUGCAAACCUACAGCACGAACUACAAUUGGAGCACACUGGCAACAGGAUUGGUGCAGCUAGCCAUCUCAGUCGGAGCAAUCAUCGGAACGAUCAUCAAUCCCCUGCAGGAUUGGUUCUAUUUCCGCUCUUCGCGACGCAAUACCGAGAAACCCGGUCGUCCUAUUCCUGAGGCGAGAUUGUACACUUCCAUACCAGGUAGUCUACUCUUCGCUGCGGGAUUAUUCUGGUAUGGAUGGGCCAGUCAGCCCGAUAUCCACUGGAUUGUCCCGACGAUCGGUAUCGCCGCUGCCGGUAUUGGCAUUUACUCGAUCUACAUGGCGGUCGUGAACUACCUGACUGAUGCGUACGAGCGCUACGCGGCGAGUGCAUUGUCUGCAGCUUCGCUGGGCCGGAAUUCGUUUGGUGCUUUCUUGCCGUUGGCUUCGCCGCAGCUUUUUAGUAACCUUGGUUUUGGCUGGGCUGGUACUUUGCUGGGCUUUAUUGGGGUUGCGUUGUCGGUUGUUCCUGUUGUGCUAGUUAUGAAGGGUCCGCAGAUUCGGGCGCGCAGUACGUUUAUGCGCGAGGCUAUGUGGGAGCCUGAGGAAAAGGUUGAGGUUGAUGAUUCUGGUAAGGGAGAUGGUCCUACUGCGGAGAAUAAGGAGGGCGUAAUUGUCUAG